CUCCCUGGCGCCUCGGAACGAGCGCUCCCAAGCCGACCCCGGUCCUCAUUGGCUGUUCUGAGGGCUGCCGCCGUCUAACGAGGAACAAGGCGCAGAGCAUCCGAGCGCGCGCUCCCUGCGGCGGGAUCCAGUCCCGCGGGGAAGGCGACCCGGCAGGGGCUGCAGGGGCCCAAGCUGACGGCAAAGGCUCCGGAGCCUGGCAUCUCUGCGGAGGACACCUGUUCUCCCUCGGGACCCUGUCUGGCUCACAGCCGGGGCCUCUCUCGAGAGCUCUGCAUCUCCAACCUGGCACCCACCCCAGAAGGCUCCAGUAAGUUCGAAGCACCCACGCGGCGUGCAAAUCCUCUCAGGGCCGUCAGAGGGGCGUCCCAACUCCUGUGUAUCCAACCUGCACCUCCAUUUACUUCUGCCUCAUCGUUUAUCCACCAACUGUUUACCAGUUCAUAUUUACUUGGUAUUCUGGGUCCACCCCGUGCGCCACCUGUCCAGAUCCUUACUUCUCUCCCACGGUGUUGGGAAAUCCCGUGCCCUAAAGAAUUCGAAUUGAGUGGUGGAGACGAAGGUGAAACCCCGGAAGGACGAUGUUCUACUAUCCCAACGUCCUUCAGCGCCACACCGGCUGCUUCGCCACCAUCUGGCUGGCCGCGACGCGCGGCAGCCGGCUGGUGAAGCGGGAAUACCUGAAGGUGAACGUGGUGAAGACCUGCGAGGAAAUCCUCAAUUACGUGCUGGUCCGAGUGCAGCCCCCGCAGCCCGGCCUGCCGCGGCCCCGCUUCUCGCUCUACCUCUCAGCCCAGCUCCAGAUCGGUGUGAUCCGGGUCUACUUUCAACAAUGCCAGUACCUCGUAGAGGACAUCCAGCACAUCCUGGAGCGCCUGCACCGUGCCCAGCUGCAAAUCCGCAUCGAUAUGGUGGAGCCUGAGCUGCCCAGCCUGCUGCUUCCUAACCGCCUGGCCAUGAUGGAGACCCUGGAAGAUGCUCCAGACCCCUUCUUUGGGAUGAUGUCUGUGGAUCCCAGACUUCCUAGCCCUUUCAAUAUCCCUCAGGUUCGACGUCUCUUAGAGGCUGUGAUCCCAGAGAGAGUUCUUGAGGAGAUCCCUCCUGAAGUCCCUACAGUGCCUAGGAAGCCAGACAGGAUCCCAGUCACUGUGGUGUCUCCCGAGGCCAUCACCCUCCUGGAGGCAGAGCCCAUACGCAUACUGCCUAUUGAGGGUGAAAAGGAACUCCCAGAGAUCAGCCGCCGAGAAUUGGAGCUGCUGGUUGCUGAGGAAGAAGAAGCUAUCUUGUUAGAGGAGCCCAAGGAGGAGCCCCGGGUCCCAGAGCCGGAAGCCAUAGUUCCCCCGGUCUCACCUGCAGCUCUUGCACCGGUGGAAGCAGAGCCACUUCCAGGCCUGGUCCUGGCCCCUGAAGAGCUGAAGCCGCCAGCCUGGGAGCCCGAGGCCCUACUUCCUGAGGUGACCCCACUGCGGGAGCUGCGUCUGCCGCCCCCAAUCAGCCCAGAGCGGAGGAGGCCCCCAGUCUUCCCACCUGCUCGCCGCCGCCGCCGGUUAUUGUUCUGGGACAAGGAAACUCAGAUCUCCCGGGAGAAAUUCCAGGCACAACUGCACGUCAGAGCCCACUGCUGGGAGUGUCCAAUGGUGCAGCCUCCCGAAAGGACCAUCAGAAGCCCCGGAGAGCUGUUCGGAAUCCCGACUCACCCUGGCCGGCUACCCCCAGAACUGCUGGCUUUCUGGACCCACUGUGCCCAGCCACCCCCAAGAGCACUCUGGCCACCCAUGGAGCCUGAAGAGGAGGCUGCUGAGAGGGAGCUAGCAGCUGAGGAGGAAAGGAGAAAGAUUGAGAUUCCGAGUGAUAUCGAGGUCCUGAGGGAGGCCCUGGAGCCCAGUGUGCCCCUCAUGGUGUCUGCAGAGCUCUCCUUAGAGAUGGCUGAGGAGGAGAAGACCCGCAUCAGCCUCGUCCCCCCGGAAGAGCGCUGGGCCUGGGCUGAGGCGGAACUCCCAGAGGUCCCUGCAUUGCCCGUGGUUCCCGAACUCCCUGAGGUGCCCAUGGAGAUGCCUGUGGCGCUGCCCCCGGAGCCUGAGAUGCUCUCACUGGAGGCCGUGCACAGGGCAGUGGCACUGGAGCUGCAGGCCAAGAGGGUGCCUGACUUCAGCAGCCUGGUGCCACCUCUCAGCCCCCGCAGGAUGGCCGCCCGCGUCUUCUACUUGCUCCUGGUGCUCGCAGCGCAGCAGAUCCUCCGUGUGGAACAAGAGGAGCCAUACGGGCGCCUUCUGAUCCAGCCAGGACCCCGAUUCCACUGUGGUUAGAGCCAAUUUACAAAGCUGCCAGGAAACCGGCUACAUUAAACUAUGUUCUGCCUCAACAGCCCCUGCCUGCCUCAUUUCUGAACAUGCAUC